ACCAUGGCAGCCUACCUCUGGCUGGUCCUGGCAAUCGUCAGUGAUGUGGCAGCAUCCUUGUUACAUCCCCCACGCCAGCUCGCCCCCUGCCAAAUGGUAAGUGAGUUGCUGCAGCAACAGGCUUUUGGAAUGUUUUCAUAGCUUUCAAAUAGUAUGCCAACUGAAAGUAUUUAAACUAUGUGUAAAAUAUGUAACUGCCAUGUAAUAAUAAUAAUAAAUUUAAUUUGUAAUGCACUUUUUCGCAAACUUCUAAAGUAUGUGCAAGAAAAUAAAUAAGUAUUAUGGGCCACUUAUUUUAUGGGGUUUUCAUUUAAAGUGAGACCCCUGAUUUUAAUAACAUAGAGGGGAGGAUAGUGUUGAUAAUUGCUGAUAACUGAUGUUUCUGUAAUCGGUUUUGAUAGUGUAUCCUAUGUUUUAAUGUUGUUUUGAAUUUGACCAAGAAUAGUUCUGAGUAUUAUUAUAUCUAUAUUUUACUAAACAUUUGCAAAACUGCACUUUUAGCAUACCCACUGGGUACACACUUGUUGAAUCAACAUUGUUUCCACUUCAUUUCAAGGAAAGUACGUUGAACCAACGUGGAAUAGACGUUGAAUUGACGUCUGUGCGCAUUGGGUAGUGUGUACCUUGAUGUUGUUAUCUGAGAGUUUUGGCAGUUUUCUCACAAACCUCUCAUGUAUUGUAUAUCCGAAGUACAGUAUAUCAGGUACUUUCGAAUUGUCCAGGGGCAUAAAACAUUUCUACUGGAGUCUUGUGAUAUUAAACCGAUCCUUUUUGUUAUUCUAGCCAUGCUGUUUCCUCCUGCUCUGAACCGCAGAUAACAGAACAUACAGUUUGACCACAUAACCCAUGAGUAGUCACACCUACAGUACACUGUUUCAUUUUGAGAUGGAGAAGAAUAAGUAAAUGUGCCCAGGCAAGAUAAAAGCAAACUAUAGUCUUAGAGGAGGCACGUGUGCCAUUACCUCACAGCUCUGCACUGUGAUUGUGAUGUCUCAAAUCACUUGCAGACAGUGUAUUCAACUCUCAUCGUCCAAGCACUUACAUUAAUGUGGGUGUUUAGACAUAGCUGGACUUAAAGUCAGACUCUUCUUGGCAGCUUGGGUAUACUGACUGACUUCCUCUGCCUGUUGUUGUGUAAUCUCGGUCUAGCGCCGAAUUUGGAUGAAGCGUCUCUAUGUCCACAGCCAAACGGAUCAAAUUAACGAGCUGAAAGCCUCAGGGCUGCUUUCUGUAAGGGGAAUGUUCCCUCUCUCAGGUACUAUCAAUCUGGACCUGAUGCUACAUAGUGUCCUUUGUUAGUCCUUUACUAAAAGAGGCUCAGGCAUUGCUUUCUGCCCUGAGUCCAUAGAACAGCCCUUUGGUGUUUUCCUUCUCUCCUUAUUCCACCCUUUGCGGAGACCAGCCAGGUCACACCAGAUCCACUUCAGUAUUCAACAUUUGUCCUUCAUUAUUCAAUGUUUGUCCAUGUCCCGAGGACAUCGGGAGAUGCCUUCAAUACCAUCCACUAGGGGCAACGUGAGCGGCUAUUACCAUCUAGUAGGCUCGCGGCUUGCUAGCGCGUUGUGGAUGGGGAUAGAGGAGGGGCUUGAACCGCAAGCUACGGCUCUGAGGAUCGCGGGUUCAAUCCCAGUGCUAGGCACUCGUUAAAAAUGUUUCUGUUUUAACCCUAUCCCAAACCUUAACCCUUAACUUAACCAGUCGUAAUAAAUGCCUAAACAUAACGUUGAGUUGUUUCUAUUUUAACCCUAUCCCAAACCUUAAUCCUUACCUUAACCAGUCAGAAUUAAUGCCGAAACAUAACCGUCGAGUUGGACAUUUAUCCCCCAUGGACAAACGUCGAAUGCUGAAGUCAGACCGUGAGAUCAUGUUAGAGAAGACAUACGAAAGCAAUAUCUGAUAUGAAAUUCAUAUUGCUGUAGUCCUGGGAAUGUAUCGCAUUCCUGACUACUGACGGGAAAACUGUAUAAACAGGCAGGAUGAUUUGGAACUGGGCUGGAAAUUGCCUCUUUAGACUGCAAGAACUGAUAUCAGUGUGCCAGUUUGAAUGGAAUAGAUUAGAGGGAGAUGGUGUUUUUAUUUUUUGAGGCAGAGUCCAGAAUCAGAAUUAGAAUCACAUUUAUUCGCCAAGUACAUUUACACAUACUUUUACUUGGUGAUAUGGUGCUACUAGUCAUAGACAACAUUUAGAGACAGAAUACAGACAGCCGAGUUUAAACAAAGUUUACAUACAUUAUAUACAACUAGGUAGAGUGAGCAUAGAGCUGUAAGAGAAUGAACAGUGGAUUUCCAAAUAUAUAGUGGGUAUACAGUUGAUAUACAGUGGAUGUACAAAUGUACAGUAUCAGUAUGAAUAUAUCUAAAUGCAGUCUAUUGUUUGUGCAUUCGCUUUAGUUCAUGGAAACAUAAACUUGGUGGUUUACAGAUGUGCUGUACGUACCUCACUUUCUUUCCCUUUCUAUAACAGUAUUACAUUCUGGUAUAACAUCUUUAGAUCCUAUGAUGAUAUACAGUAUGACUUGUGAUUUGCAAGUUCUUUUAAAUGCAUAUGAAGAUAUUAAUCAGAAACGUAUAAGUGAACACUUGUUCAUAAAAGCCAGAAGAAAGCUUUCAGAAAAGCUUGCCUUUUAGCUAAAAAACGAACUAAGGAAUGCUUGCUGCUGACUUCAAAACCACAAGUAUGCCAAGAACCUAAAUCCACUUUGUUUUAUGUGAGUGUGUGUGCGUUUUAUGGGUUGUAUUUAGAGAGGGCUCAUGCCAUUUGGUUUCAAUUACCAGCCACACUGAUAAGUGAAUAGUUUAAUGUUUAAAAUAUAUAUGGAAAAAUACUUUGUCCACCAGGCGUUCUGAAAAUCCAGAGGUAAUAAGAGCUUGUUUUAUGAGGUGAAAUCCCCACAAGCCUCACAGUCUUUCCUGACUGCCAAGAACACAGAUACAAUGGCCAGUAAAACAACUAUCUUGUCUGUUUGGGUUUGUGAUAGUGUAAAGUGUCAAGGUGACUUGUGGUCUUCUGGGAGUGUGCAGUGGCGCCGUGAAGGUCAAAGCUCAUGUAGUUAUUUUUCUUUGUUCUGUCCACAGGUCCAGAAUGACGUGUACUGCAACGAUCUGAACCUGAGGACCGUUCCAGCCAAGCUUCCUCAUGGCAUUCAAAAGCUGGACCUGUCUCGUAACCUUCUACAAAACCUUACUCAAGAGGUUCUAGCAAUCUACAACACCGUUCAUCAUCUGAACCUCCACUCCAACAAGAUCCAGUUCAUCCAGCCGGGUCUGUUCAAAUACAUGACCAAUCUGCAAGUGCUGGACCUCUCCAGUAAUUACUUGGAUGUUUUUGCUGUUUCGAAAACCAGCAUUGGACCUCUUACGGCUGUGGAGAGGCUUGACCUCUCAGGCAAUGGCCUGUACACGGGGAUGACCGACUUCUUUCUCAGUGAAGCCCCAGCACUAAUGAACCUUUCUCUGAAUGGCAACAGUAUCACCAAAGUGGGCAAGGAGACCUUUUGUGGAUCUUUGGCCUUGAGAAACAUUGACCUUCACAACAACGUCAUCUUAGAGAUUGAGGACGGAGCAUUUGACUCGUUGCUCCAUCUGUCCGAGCUUGAUUUGUCCAUUAACUCCAUCACUUGCAUCACUGACUUUAACCUUUCCAAACUCAAGGUGCUGAACCUCAGUAAGAACAGCAUGGAGUGCUUCCAAACCACAGAUUCAGACCUAGAGUACAAGCUCCUCUACCUCGACCUGAGGGAAAACAAGAUCCACUACUUUCCCGUUCUCCCCAGAAGGAACAAGCUCAUGUACCUGGAUUUGUCCAGGAAUCGCCUGAUGAGUGUCAAUACCACAGGACCAGCUGAUGAGCUCGAGCACUUCAGAGACACGUUCGUACCUCACACACAGUCAGGUGGAAUGAGCAGACACCAGGACUUCUCAAGGCUCAUGUACCUCGACAUGAGCUACAACCAGAUAAAGAGCAUACCGCCGUCUUUCUUUUGCAGCAUGGUGUCCCUUGAGCAUCUUAACGUCAGUAAUAACUGUAUCGGGGCCUUUUCUAUAGACCAGGAGAGCCCUCUGAACUCUCUGAAGACCCUGGACCUGAGUUACAAUGCCCUACAAAACCUCUCGUUUGGGGAGAACACCCUACGGUCACUGCAGGAACUCUUCUUACAAGGGAACUUUCUCAGCAUAAUGGACUCUGGAAUGUUCCAAAGACUGCCCAGCAUCAGAGGCCUUCACCUCCAGCAGAACUACCUGAAAGUCUGCCCUUCACAGCGAAAAUCACCCCAGACAGACCACAACUCCCAGGAUCCUCCAAGCUGUGUCUCCUUUGCAUCAAUACCAAGCCUGCACUUCUUGUACCUUUCUGGAAACAGUCUUGAAGUUCUGCCACCAUAUGCCUUCAAUGGCACUCCACUCAGGUUGCUGGACCUGUCCCUAAACCCAGGCUUGGACGUUCAACAGAAUGCUUUCUCUAGUCUGGAGACCUCCCUAACUCAUCUCUCAUUGAGAGAAAACCACAUCCCAGAAUUGAACACUGACCUUUCCCUGCUAAGUAGUCUCAAAUUUGUGGACCUGUCCACCAACAAGCUGACCACUCUCCCCCUUUGGAACAAGGAGUCCUCCAUCGAGUCCCUGAACCUGCAGAACAACAAUCUGGUGACCCUGGAGUACAACACAGUCCUGGUCCUGGAGCGGACGCUCAAAACCCUCUACAUGGGCUCGAACCCUCUCAGUUGCUGCAGCAACCCCCGCUUCCUCGAUAUGCUCCAACGCUCCGAAGUGGUCGUCCCGGACAUCGCGACAGUAACCUGCCAGUACACCGAGAACUCGGUGCCAGUGGAGGUGAACAUUGGGAGCGUGACGCAAGAGCAGUGUCAGAAGCUGGACAGUAAGAGCGUGAGCAUUAUCGUCAUCAUGGUGACAGCUUUGGUGCUGAUCACGGUGCUGGUGGUGCUAUCCAAGGUGUGCCACCCCAGAAGGCGCAAGCUCAACAUCAGCUUCAGGGCCUAA